GCAGCCUUAGCACAGUUAAGAGAUGUCAGUGAAUCAACAAUCGCAUCAUAUAUUGUAAAUUGCGUGAAAUUGGGAUUGCCGAUUCAUUUGGAUGUUUUACAAAUCACUCAGUCAAAUAUAGACACUAUACUGGAAACAAUUCGGAACCAUGGAUCAGAUAUCAUACGAUUGAAGCCAAUAAUGGAGAGGUUACCGGAUGGAUUUAUAGAUUACAAUCGUUUGAAGAUCAUCUUCGCUUUAUUGGAAUAUGAAUAUGGUGUCGAAGAAGAAGAAGAAAACAAAGGUAAAGAAGUAGAAGACAGUCAAGAUCAGCGAUCUCCUCCUGUGGAUUGGAACUCUUAUCGAUUUGAUUCAGCUUUGCGGUCAGCAAACUUCCGAACGUGUUCAUCACAGAAAGCAGAUACAGUCGGAUCUCUAUCCCAGCCGAGCAGCUCAUCGCGAACUGUGGAUGUGUCAAGUGCGAACUCAUCCCAGCCAAAUGCUGCUGACUCAUCGAGCACCAGCACCACUUCAAAACGUCGACUUCCGCAGUGGAUGACGAGUGAUGUUACAGCCAAGCUGGCAUCGCAAUCAAGCGCCAAAAAACAGAAAAAAUCGAACCUCUUUCGAUGA